AUGGCCACUGAGGAUACUAGAACACACCGAUCGAAACCUUCGCGAUCCAAGAAACCCUUCGACUUGACAACAAAACGACGCAAAUUAUCGCAUUCGGCACCCCAUGCACCAAUCGAACGUGCCGUCAACUCGUCGGCAGAUAGCAGCGAUGACGAUGAAGACGACAAACCACUCGUACAUCGUCGAGCAUUCAUUCAACGGAUCCUUCAAUCACACGAAUCGCAAGCGGCACCUCCACCAGCAACAGUACCAACAGUGGCACCACCCUCCUCUGCUGCGCAGGACGAUGAUGAUCAACGCAUAGACACACCUCAACCCAAAGAGGAUCAACAGCCACAGAAUGGCAUAGAGAAUAGUCAAGACAACAAUACACGUGUUGAGCAUAUGGGUUCAUUAGAAGAGCGUGGUGAAGCCGUACUGGAUAGAUUUAUACGCUUUGUCGAUGAUUUACUGGAACAUGAUAUGGAUGAAGAUCAGCAAAAGCGAGAUGAUGCAUUGGAUGGAAAGGACAAAUCUGAGUUGGUGUGCCUGCAAGUAACGACAAUGCAUAAAUUCACCACCCUGGCAUUGAGAGCAUCCUAUUACUCAGUAUUCGAUUCAAUGGAUACCACUCGAUUGGCAAGAAUAUUUCAAAUGAUGGAAAACAGCUGCAUCCGUGCCAUGGACAUUGAUGUCAUUGGAGAUUACUGCAAACGAGUGGAGGAGCACGUGACCGAUUUCUCUGCUACGACCAAACUACUGGAAUUGCUAUCCAAUGGCUUAGAAGCAGCGGUGAUGAUGCUGGAUAUACUUGCUGGAUGCAAUGUGGAUCGAAAGCAUCUCCCUGAAAGCAUGGUCAUGACAUGUUUGCAACUGGCACGAAACCAUUUGGAGACUACUAUAUACCCUUUGAUUGAUUUGAAUGCGUUUGAAGAAGAUACAACAAGUUUAAACAAUGGCACACGCAUGUUCCUCAAGUUUGCCGAGACCGAUUUGACAGCCAAAAGAUACAUGAUUCGCAUUCUUCCGUUGAUCACACGGCUAUUACAUCGAGCCACGAUGCUGCUUGAAGCGGAUGGAUUUGAUGACCAUGGCGUGAUUGUCUUGGGCUAUAUUGCAUUGGGCGCCUUUUUCCAUGAUUACACUGACAACAAUCACUCAUGUCUGGUGACCAGCAAAAGCGGUGACACCAUUGUGAAUCCAUUCGAGCAAAUGAAAUUGGGGGCCAUGGAUGUGCUUCGUAUUCUUUUCAACAAGUUUCCCUACCACCGCAAAUGGAUCCUCUCCGAGAUCCUCACAAGUUUGAAUGCAUUAACCAGCAUGGAUCGGAGUGCCAAACGUUAUCGACUCACUGACAACACCAAGAUCCACGUGAUGAGUGCCUUGUUCAUGCAAUUGGUGCAAUGCUGUACGAUUUCAGGCGAUAUGGAGGAUCACAAACAGUGGAUGCGAAAGUGGACUAUGAAGUAUCAAAAGGCACACAAGGAGAGCGACCGAUCACAGAUUCAAGAAAUGUACGGCAAGCUGGUGCAACAAAGUAUGGGAUAUUGGCAAUCAGCCAUGGAAGCGGCCAUUGAUAGUGCAACCUAUCUCCUCAACUUUGUCAUCCAAAAAUGCAAAUCGCGUACCAAAGACAGCUAUUCAAUCGCCGAGUAUCGAGGCAUUUUGGAGAGCACAUUGCAAGAUUUUAUCACGGUGUUGAACAAGCCCGAAUGGCCAGCUGCUGAAUUGUUAUUACAAGCUUUCAGUGAACUAAUGAUUGAGCGGAUAAGAGGAACAAAGUCGGAUCUCUAUCUCAAGUCGUUGGCUAUUGAAUGGCUUGGUAUCCUUGCAAGCAGAAUCAAGAUGGGCUCUAAUAAGAUCACUGGGAAAGGUGGAUACAUGUCGCCUGAAUGGAUAUGCGAGUUGUAUGAGAGAAUUCCGGGCGAGAUCAACGCUGAUACUCAGCCAAGCAAGAUCCAGCUUUUAUUUGAAUGCCAAACCCGUGUCCUCAAGAGCAUCGCUUAUUUGCAAGUUUCUGGUUCAGCAUUGCAGUUUCAAAUAUGCGCAUGGGGAAAGCAAUAUGCAUCUAGCUGGAAACUUAUCAAGCAACAAUCACAAGAGCAGGACAACAAUGACACGUCAGCGGAAUUGCUAUCCACGCUUCAAGGCAUGGUGACUCAGUUAUGGUGUCGCAGCCUUGAUGUGCAGCUUAGUGAGGAACAUGAGUUUGAAAGGAGCUGCAACUUUGAAUUUCCAGAGAUGAACACCUCCGACAUUGAAUUGAUAUCUGAAUUGCUCGCUUCACGCAACACGCUUUACAAGAGUUACAAUGGAUUAUUAGCCGAGAUCGUUACAUGCUUGCAUAAGGAUGUUGUCACUUAUCGCAACAAGGCUGUGCGUGCAAUUCGGCAUUUGGUGCGCGAGGUCCCGGAGGUCUUGGAUGAUACACGGAUACGCAAUUCGAUUCUACAACGGAUCCAUGACGCAUCACCAUCCAUCCGUGAUAUUGCAGUGGAGGUAUUGGCAAUGUAUCUUGGUCGACAAACUGAAGUCCCACACAAGUUAUACGAGAUUGCAAGCGCACGUGUUAUGGACACAGCAGCCAAUGUCCGCAAACGGGUGGUCAAAUUGCUUCGAGACCUAUACUACAAGUGCAGUGAUCCCGAUGUCAAGAUGGAUAUUGCUUCCAAGCUCAUUCACCGCCUCAGUGACAAUGAAGUGAGCAUAUGCGACCUGGCAUUCAAGUGCACACAAGAAGUUCUCUUUGGACCCUUUCGAUCGAUCGAUCAGGAUGGAAAUGAUUAUUUUGGAUCAUCGUAUGCGCAUGCACCCAAGGCACGCAAGCGGCGUAUUGAUGAGCUGACAGGUAUCAUUCUUGGAGCCGUAUCUCGAUUGGAAGCCACAGUGGGUGACAAAAGUACAGCAUUACCACAAAUUGUCCAAAAGUGUAUGGAGCAAGGUGAUGUCAAAAGCAAAAAGGCAUAUGAAAAGUACUUCCAAUGGAUCGUGGACUGCUUGUUUGAUCGAGUGCUGCAAUAUGAUGAACAAGACGAUUUGAAGCAGUUUGGUAAUUGUCUUUUGGCCAUUCAUGCCUUCACCACCACAUGCCCCGAAUUGUUACGCGAGACUCAGGCAUCAGGAUUACAACCAUACCUUAGUGUGACAAACCUGGAUGAUUGGCCAAUGGCACGUCAUGUCCUGGAUAUUUACAGAGACGUGCUCCCCCAGCAAAAGUACCAUGAUCCUGAAUUCAUAGCUCUUCUUGAGCGUAUCCUCUUUCAAUUGAUUGGCACCUGCCCUCAAGAGUACACUGACUCGGCAGUAUCAUGUUUAUGUACGAUUGUACAAAGCAUCUCCCAUCGAUAUGGCAUUCUGGUUCGAAUCCUUGGCUCCUGCAUAGUUAAGUUGCAAGGUAUCCAAACCAAGAUCAAACAAUCGGGCGCAUUGGAUCGACCUGCUAGUGGCGUGAUGAAAAUCUUGGCUAUUUGUGGUGUUCUUUGCCAAAACGUCGAUUUCGAUGCCAAGCGAGCCGAGAACCCUGAACAAAUGUCGUCCUUGGAUAAGAUCACCAAGGGGAGCCUUGUGUCACAUGUCUUUGAUCUUUUAUACUGGUUCACGGAUGAUCAUGGUUUGGCGGAAACAGCGCAAAUUCAGAGAGCGGCUCUUCAAGGUCUUGGAUACAUGUACACAAGAUACCCAAUGCUCAUGACAAAGGAUGCCAGCACUCAGCUUAUGGAUCAAAUCUUUGAACGAGAUAAUCAAGACCUGCAAACACAGCUGAUGAUUGUUUUUCGCGAGUUUUUGGAUACCGAGGAAGUGAGACUUGAACAGCGAGAACAAGAUGCUGGUGAAUCGUUAUAUCACAAGGAUAUUGAUAUCGAGACAUUGCUCGGCAAUACGGCAGAAUUUGCAGAGCUUGGUGUGAAUGGAUCGAUCAUGCAACGCUACUUGACCGAAAUUGUCCAAUGUGCAAUGAGCGAUUCGAGCGAUUUGAGACACGCCGCUUUUGAAGUCGUAGCUGCUAUUAUUCAUCAAGGCUUAGCUCAUCCAGUAUUGUGCAUGCCCAUCAUUGUUGCUGCUGAGACAAGCCCUGAUCCUAUUUUGCGAAUGAGAGCAUAUUACCUACAUCGCUUCGCUCACGACAAGUACGGGAUGCUAUUGUACUCGCAGCUACCAAAGUACCUACUACGAGCAUUCGAGUAUCAAAGGCUGCUCUUUGGUGAACGAGUUCAUGGCUAUGGAAAGCGUGGUGGGGAUGCCAAAAUGGAUGCUCUUUUGGGAUUGACGUACACUGUCAUCAAACAAGUUGCCAAGCCAAAGUUGGAUUUCAUCAGUGCUCUCGUUCGACCAUUUCGCUUUGAAGUAAAAGACAUGGCAGAAACUGAGAUCGAUAUCCAUUAUCUUCGUUUUGUUGCCGACAACAUGACAACACUCGACUUCACACAAUCUGACGAGGUGCUAUACUUGCUGUACCAAAUCGAACGCAUCCAAACCACGUUUUGUGCUGAUCUCUUGGUGCGUUUGCAGUCUCAAAAGAACAAUGACGACCAUGUUGAAGGCGAGGAAACCACUGAGCCACCCAUGAGUCACGAUGCAGCUGCCAAGUCGGCCAUUGCUAUGUAUAUAUUAUUACGCACCAAGCAAUUGAUCAAAGAUCUCUACGAGAUAAGCGACACUGAUAUUAGAGAUUUCGAUCCAAACGAAAAGCGUAAACCACAUGCGGUGACCAAGGAUCUCGAGCAAUAUGACCCGGUUGUUCUUUGGGAAGACGAGCUACUCUUUUUCAGGAAGAAUGAUUUGACACAUGCUGCAGCUGCACAAGCUUUGAGUAAGUUUGAGGAUCUUGCAUCGGGAACGCUAGGCAUGUUAGAUGAGAUCGAAGCAUGA